AUGUCGUCCACUCCGAAGCGUACCAUCUUCGUCUCGUCUCGCAAGAGUCAAUUAGCCAUGGCACAGACUUCUAGUGUCAUUUCUAUGCUAGAAUCUCACUUUCCAGACUAUCACUUUGUUGUAGGACAGGAGGAUACUGUCGGUGAUCAGGUAUUAGACCGUCAUCUAAGCGAUUUGGGCAUGUCCACUGCCUCUGGUUUAUUUACGAAGAGCCUGGAGGAAGCUCUAUUCGCCAAGACUGCUAGCUUUGCUGUGCAUUCACUAAAGGAUAUGCCCACGACACUGCCCGAUGGUCUUGUGCUGGCUGCAAUUACAAAGCGAGAGAGCCCAGAGGACGCAGCAGUCAUUCAUCCCAAACACAAGGCCAAAGGUCUUACGACGCUAAACGAACUGCCUGAAGGCAGCGUGAUUGGUACUAGCUCAUUGAGACGUGAAGCUUUGUUACGAAGUCAGUUUCCAAGCUUUGAGAUUAAAACACUGCGAGGUAAUAUCCAGACAAGAUUGGCAAAAUUGGACAAGGGUGAUGAUUACGAUGCGAUUAUUGUGGCAGCUUGUGGUUUCCGACGUGGAGACUUGGGUGAACGACUUGACGAGAUUUUAUCCAUGGACACGUUUGGAUACGGUGUUGGACAAGGAAGUAUUGGUGUCGAAUGUCGUGCGGAUGAUGAAGAGAUAAUUGAGAUGCUCAAGACUAUUACAGAUGAACCAUCGGCGCAAUUGUGUAUGGCUGAGCGCAGUCUGCUGUAUCACCUUGAAGGUGGAUGCCAGAUUGCAAUGGGAGUGAGUGCAACGCUGGAGAAUGACACACUGAAGCUGAACGCAACGGUUCUGUCCCGUGACGGCAAGGAGAGUGUCCGUGAAAGCAUUUCUGGACCUCGUACAGAAGCUGAAGAGCUUGGUAAGCAGCUGGCAGAGCGUUUUUGGAAUAAUGAGUUGGCUCGGAACGUGCUAGGCAAGACCCGCGAGAAACGCGCUCUGACGUAUGGUGAUGCAGAAGCUCCUGGUGAUGCUGCUGCUGAAUUAGCCAUGAAGAAGGCCAAAAAAACCUUGGAAUAG